AGCCGCGGAAGAUAGCACCGGAGAUGAUGGACGCCCCGAUAUCAAUGUAGGAAGAGAAGAAGGACGAGUAAUGAGGAGAGCGAAAGGGGAGAUAGCUGACCCAAACAUUGAUGGGACAAAGCCGUGUCAUGAUUCAUGUCUUGUAGGGACCGUCGCAGUGGGUGGGUUGGGUUGACCUUUGGGUAUUGCAAACCCCACUACUGGCCACAAGCACUCCAACGAAGACCACAUCCAUGAUUACUGACUGACUGCAUCUUUUUCCUCUUUCUGAUGCUGACCACUAUUUUUUUCUUUCUAUUUUUCCAACAUUACACAGAUAACAAAGCCGGAAAAAUACUGUAAAGAGAGACCAAUCCAUGUUGAUGAGCAGAGGUGGGUCGAAUAAGGUUCGCCUACGAUCACCGGGAGUCGCCGCCGCCGCCAGAGGUGGGUCGAAUAAUGUGCGGCUUCUCGGCGGAGAGAGAGGGAGAGGGGAAAACCCUAUUAGGAGGCGUCGCGACGGAGCCCUAGAUUCCGGUGGGAUCCCCUGGAAAACGCAGGAGGAGGUGCCUUUGCUCAUCGGUGGCGGCGCCGCGCGGAUCCGGAUCUUGUCCGGCGGCGUCGGCCAAGUUUGGCCGGGAGGGACAGAGGUGCUGCUGGAGAAGGGGUGGGGGGGCUGGAUCUUGCGUCGUGUCCGCCAUCGGAGGGUGAUAUCUUCCCGUGGGGCUCCUUGGGAGUGCGGGAGCGUGGGCGAGGAUGUAUAAGAACCAGCUGCAGGAGCUGGCGCAGCGGAGCUGCUUCAACUUGCCGUCGUACACGUGCAUACGCGAGGGGCCGGACCACGCGCCGAGGUUCAAGGCGGCCGUGAACUUCAACGGCGAGGUGUUCGAGAGCCCGAGCUUCUGCACCACGCUGCGGCAGGCGGAGCACUCGGCGGCGGAGGUGGCUCUCGCCGCCCUAUCCCACCGCGGUCCCUCCCACUCCCUCGCCGCUCGGAUCCUGGAUGAAACAGGGGUUUAUAAGAACCUCCUGCAGGAAAUUUCCCAGAGAGUUGGGGCACCUUUGCCAUCAUAUACCUCAGUGCGUUCAGGUCUGGGACACCUGCCUGUCUUUACAUGCACAGUGGAACUUGCUGGAAUCACGUUUACGGGCGAACCUGCUAAGAACAAGAAGCAGGCAGAAAAAAAUGCUGCUUUGGCAGCAUGGUCAUCAUUGAAACGAUUGGCGAAGGAAGCAGCAAGCUCGUCAACUGAACAAAACAAUGAUGAGCAGGAACAGAUCACGAUUGCUCGAGCUCUCCUCAAUUACCGCCUCAAGGAAAAAAUAGCUAUGGCGAACAACCCCCAUGCAACUCCUUUCCCAAAGAAGUUCCCAGUUCAGCUAGAAAAAAAACCAGCUUCACUUCAAUCUCCUCUAUCUGUAUCGAAGAUCCUUCCUCUCAUCAGACAAAACUCUAUUCCAAGAGGUCGUGCAACCUCUCGUGGAAUAAAUGAUGGAGCUCAUGCAUCAUUCCAAGAGAACCACAAUGAGCGGCCCCAGAACUUCCCUGUUGCCGCAGCAGCACCAUAUUUUCCAGUUAGGCCCUUCGGUCGGCCUUGCCAUGGCAUGGCACCCCCUGUGACAAUAAGGACAGCUGUGCCAGUCUUUUCAGCCCCCCCACUUCCACCACCACCAUCACAGGUAUGCCAACAACGUCUGCCUGUUAUUGGUCACACACAGAUCCGCAUGGCAUCCCCAGUCCGCAUCAGACAGUCCGUGCCAGUCUUUUCUGCUCCACCACCACUCCCACCUGUAACUUCAGUGAUCCCAGUUCGGGUGAAGGAACCCUUGCCGGUUGUCUCACCCCCUUCAUUGGACAAGGUUCUUGUGCCAGUUAUCGCAUCAGCAUUACCUGUUCAGGUAAAAGAAUCAGUGCCAGUUGCUACGGCAUCUCUCUCAGUGAAUGAACAGUCACCUGUUACUGCACCAGCUGUUCCAGUUCUAGUAAAGGAACCAUUGUCCUCGAUUCAGACACAUGAGCCUUCAAUCUCGCCCCUGGCCUGUCUAGCAGUGAAGCCUUCGAGUCAGAUAGAGGACUUUGUGGAUGGUCGUGAUGCAAAGGAUCUGGAAGAAUCUGAAUCGACAGCGAUGGAGAGCUUGAAACGAUUGGAUAUCUGUUGAAUUCAGAGAUCCUCUACGCUCAUGUUUUGCUCAUCAUGCUUCUAAGUUAAUUUUGCUUUGAUGUAUUGCUAUUAGGAUUUUAGAGAGGCCACGCUACUAGAAUCCUAGCUCUACAGACGCCAAUCUCAAACUUGAGGCCAAUUCACUUGAUAUGAAGGUGUGCAUUCAGUCGAUCUUACUUUCUGUAGUUUAUCUAAAUGUUCAUAAUUGUCCUUCA